AUGUCCGAAUCGCCCGAUUCCGAACGGUCCUCGGAAGGGCGAUCGUCUCCAAACGAGAAACUUCAGAUUCGACUUGUGCCGUACCAGCCGCCCCGGCUCAGCGGCGGUUCCGAGCUCUUCAACCCCAAUGCCUCCGUCGGCUCGCAUCUGGACAAUGUCGAAAUCCAUUCCGCGGACGAUUCGCCAAGCACCACAAGCCCUCCGUCUUCAGCCUCGACCAUUGCCGGCCCGUCUCGCGCCUCAGCUGGCAAGCGCCGGAGUUCAAGCAUAGGCCCCAAUGAAAUUCUCGAUACCGGUUCACCUCCUCUCGAGGCCCCCCCGCGGGGGAGAUUUCGAUCUCAAUCUUUGUCGCAAUCAUUAAAAACCCUGACAUCUCCGCCAUCCCCAGAGCUUCAACCAGCUGCUGCUGCUACUGCUGCUACUGCUACUGCUGCUGCUGCUACCACUACCCCUGUUCAACGUCGCCCCAAGAGAUUCAUCGACAUCAACCUUAAUUCUGACAACAAGACCUUCUCCCUCGUCCCCCUCAACUCAACACGUGCCUCCCGGACCAACUCUGUUGUUUCUACUCGCACCGACUCAAACCCACACUACUCCGUCGCCUCCAGUUCCUCUUAUAGACAGAAUUCCUCGAGCAUCUUUAGCGAGGACCGCCCUAGCUCCCCCUUGACGACACUGGCCGAGGAUAGCACCUCCGUGACUGCAUCAUCCAUCGCUCCAUCAAUCCCCGAAGAAGAAGAAGGGAUUACGGCAUCUCCUUGGAACUAUCGCCUCGUUGGUGGACUGCGCAAGGUUCAGAGUCAACUCAGCGAUGCCACCGAUGCCACCGAUACCUCCGAUACCACCCCCACCCGCCUGCCCCCAUUCCUAGAAGAAGAUCCCAUCGCUUCAGGCAAGGUUGUGGUGGAGGAAGAGCGCAUCGCUGCGUUCACUCUGACUACCAAGAAAUCAUUCCAGUCCAACAAAACUGGCAAUACGGUGUCGGAUCGUACGAAUUACAAGACGUAUGCGCAAAGCUCUUCCGGCCCGGACACUGUUCGCGGCUCCAUGGCAUCGGAUUUUGAUACCUCUUCACUCUUCCCCGGUGGCCCCAACUACGUCGUUUAUGACGGCGCAUCAACAUCUGAUCAAAGCCGGGCACACUCAGAUUCGGAAGUCAGGGAGACCCCCAACUAUGUCGUCCACGGACACCGACGGGCGCAAUCUGACGGGACGGACAUCUCCCAUGCACCGUCCGAAUACUCGAGGGACAGCAUGGUGGUGGCUCCGUUGCGGCCUAUGAGGUCAGGUCGUCUCUACUCCAGCUCGACGAUUCCGAGCACUAGAUCGCUCGAGCACAUGAGGACUGUCUCUUUGACAUCUGCUGCCGGCUCCUCAAUCAACCGAGAUACUGAUGCUGCUGUACCAGCGGGCGUGUCUACACAGAUCGACUUGGAAGGGAGACAUUCGCGUUCUCAGUCGACCGCUAGCCAAGGCGUUCAUCGCAGAAACACGUCCAGAACACAGCCGUGGGGCACUGCUCUGUCCACAGUCAUGUCAGAGAGCGAACGGAGCGACCCGUCGACUCGGUCCAUCUCUCGACUGUCUGGCAAUGCUCGCAGUAGCGUCUUCACGCUCAACCAGCUCAGGCAGACAGGAAGCUUCUCCACCUUUGGGCUCGAGGAGACAUUGGCCAUGGCAUCUCAUUCUCGAAACGGCUCUGUGGACCGACCUCAACCAGUCCAUGGUAGAGACACACCCUUUUCCACCGCUCGUCUAGUACGUGACCAUGAUGAGGACGGCGAUGGCCUGGCGGAUCUGGCGAGUAUGAACCGCCUUCCCUCCCGUGCCCGAGGCCUAAGCAUGGCAUCCGACCACUCAAGGGACAGAAAUCACCGUUCCAGAAGCAACUCCCGAAACAACAGUAUAAGCUACGCGUCGGUCAUUCCGGCAUGGGCAAGGGUCUAUUACGGGAGUGGAGAACGGCGCUUUUUGGCGGCGCAGCCUUCCAACGAGUCCAUGUUUUCGCAGUUCACCAGCAGCUUACACCGAGACUCGUCCCACAGCCGCUCUCCCAGCUACGAGCAAUACACUUCCGAGAUUACCAACCCCCGUCGUCGGCCCCGAGAGAUGCAACGGCGCGCUAGCGAAUCUGACUCGAUGGACAUCCGGCCCCAGCCUUACGUGCCUGUCGAUCACAGCGUCGUCAAGAAACAGACUUCCAGCGUCUGGUCACCGCAUCUACAAACCGACAGACGAGCCAGCCGAUAUAGCAUCUGGUCUCCUCCUUCGUUGGCUGAAUCUGCCGACUUUGGAAUCUGGAAACGAAACCUCCAACUUGUGCUGUUUGUUCUUGGGUUCAUCUGUCCAUUUACUUGGAUAAUUGGUGCCAUUCUGCCAAUUCCUCCCAAGCUGGAGCGAGAAAUGACCGAGCAGGCCUUCAGCACAGGCCAUCUGGAUAUCCGAAUGGAGGCACGCCAACAGCGGCUAUACAUCAAUGCGGAGCGCCUUCAUGAACGAGCCAGGUGGUGGAGAAGCGUCAAUCGGCGCAUGUCCAUCAUUGGCGCUCUCAUCAUCUGCCUUUGCGUCGUCCUGAUUGUCGUCGGCGUGACGCAGCAGUGGCAUCAUUCAUGAGCGUUUUUUGGAAGGGAGUUGUUUUUUUACCAACACGGAGUCAUCUUCUUGGGCGAAAAAAGCGAACACUUUUUUUGGGAUUUUUUUAGCGAUCAUAUUUCUGAUGGGACGACGAGAGAAACACUUUGGGUCUUCAUUUCUCUGGAUGGCGCCGACGUUCAUGGGGUUCGGAUUCAUUUCUUUUUCUUUUUACAACAUUUCUUUCGAUUUUUUUUUAACUCUCACGAGAUUACGAUUCAUUCUUCCCGCAUACAUUACAUACAUUAUACACCAUGGUACACACACACGCACGACGACUUUUUAUGCGUAACGCAAGAAAACCAACCUUUUUAACGUCUCUUUCGACAUAUUUAUAAACUGCCUUUUUAUUUAUAUACAUAACUUUUUUUUUUCUUUCAAAUACUUGAUGGAGCACGAGAUACCUGAUGUUGGAGGAGGAGGAGGAGGAGGACCGAUUUUCACAUGCAGAUAUGUACGAUAUACGCAUAACAAAGUUUUGGUUUGGGAGCUUUAGCUCAAAGGGAUGUUUGAUUGAUGGGAGGAGAGAGAGAGAGAGAGGUGUUUUUGACAAAAGAGCGGGUGUUGAUGAGUUGGCUUUGAAAGGAAAGAGGAGGCUAGAUUUCGCAAACAAAAAGCAGAUGAAAUAAAACCACAUUAUAUUU